AUAAUGACCAUUGGAGGUUUUAGUUAUCGAACACAUCAGAUUAAGGAUAUUUGUCACCGCGCUGCUAUGGCAUACACAUCAAUUUGUUUACUUCACUUUCUUCAUUCUAUCAAUUCAAAACUCAUCAAAACACUGAAACGUCUUUAAAUAAGAAGGAUAUUUGUUUUGGAUGUUUUCCUACAUGUGUUUUAAGAACGACGUUGCCUACAUUUCAGAAAUAUUGUUUAUGUCAUUUUUGUAAAAGACAACAAUCGAAUACAUGGAAUUACUAUAAAGCUGAUGAAUACCUUACUUAAUCUUCUCGAUCGUCCGAGUAUGCGAUACAGAAGUGAUAAUAAGACGAGAUAAUGAUAUUUUGUGUUAAUCUCCUAUAUUGUAAAUUGUUAAUGUCCGAUACACCAUAAAUGAUGAGGUUCGUUUGCAUUCCAUAUUUGCGUCUUACGUGAUUAAACAACACGAUGAAUGACAGGCCUGCUCAGAGAUUCAGACAAAACACAACUAGAACAGUGGAUCGGUCAAGGGCAAAAACAGUUUACCCUUCUGUACAGUGCAACAUCUGAUGGGUGUUCUUCACAGAUGCUCCACGAGAAAUGUGACCACCAGGGAGCCACAGUCACCGUGGUGUACAAUGAGGUGGGAUCCGUUUUCGGUGGCUACACUUCGGCGAGCUGGGCUGCUGGCAUGGGUGAUACACGAGAUGACAAAGCGUUCUUGUUCCAACUGAAGUUCUCCAACAAAGAGACAUGUCGGAAAUUUCCAGUUGCAAAUUACACAUACAGCACUUUUUUAAAUGAAAAAUACGGACCCACCUUUGGUGGAAGCAAUGGAUACGAUAUGCACCUAUUUUCUGGUAUUAUCAAUAGCAGUGGUGGGUUGUUUCAGUUAAAUGGCAGUUUUACAUUUGGUAAAAACUACACUAUGUCUGGAAUAUCAAACUGGAACGAUAUUCAUAAUGGCAACCUGAAAAUUAAAGAACUUGAAGUCUACAGUGUAGCAGUUAGACCUCAAGAGCCAGCAAAUCACAAAUGGCGGAAAGUACCGGAAUGGAAUAAGAAGGUGGUGCACGAACUCAUGCAAGAGGUUCAGUUAAUCAAACCGAGGCAUGGUUUGAUCCAAGACUAUCGCAUUGUCUUGAUUGGCCCAGUCGGGUCCGGAAAAUCCAGCUUCUGCAACACGAUCAAUUCUGUAUUCAAGGGCAGAAUUACACAUACGGCUCUUUGUGGGGAAGGAAAACACAGCUUCACCAAAACGUACCAACCAUAUGUAUUCAAAUCAGCACGAGAACAAGAUUUCCAUGUGAAAAUAUGUGACACGAGAGGGCUGGAACCUGAUUUCGGGAUUGAUACCAUGGAUUUCACAUUUUUGUUAGAUGGUCAUAUUCCAGAAAAAUACAAGUUUCACGCCGAGGAACCUAUUUCCCUUAACGAUCCGGCGUUUGUGACAAAGCCAGAAUUAACCGAUAAGGUUCAUUGUGUAGUCUUUGUUCUGGAUGUGUCUACGCUACAAAAGCUUGAUCCCGAAAAGCAGGCGCAAAUCAUAAGUUUCCGGAAUAUAACAAUGCGAAAAGAAAUACCUCAAGCGGUUAUCUUGACAAAAGUUGACAAAGCUGUCGCCCAGAACUUAGAGACGGUAUACACGAGCUCUGUUAUUGCUAAAACAUUGCAAACAGUCUGUGAUAUGUUCGGCUUUCCAAAGCAACAUGUGUUUCCUGUGAAGAACUACGGAGAUGAGUUGACGAUGGAUGACGGGGUGAACUUCCUGGCACUCUUUGCUUUGAGACAGAUCAUGUAUUUGUCUGUGGAUCAUAUUGAAAAUCAAAGCACUGACAGCACUUAUCCUCCCAAUGAAGAAGAGGCACACGAUUUAGAAGCAGCUUCAGAGUCCAUUUAAUAAGAAAGUAAAGGGAGGUUUUCUUUAAAACAGACUGAAAUGCUUUUCGCAUGACUUGUUUAUAGCUUUGGAUAUUCCAUUUGAUUGAUUAUAAUGUAAUGAUUCAUAGCGCAUUCGAUUUGGACGUAUGACUGUUAAUAUACAGACUCAAGUAUCAUUUAAUUAACUGCGAUGCGAUUUUUGUUGUUUUAAUGUGAUUUAUGUUAAUAUUUAUAUUCGGUCAUUGAUAAAUUGUUUUGCCUUUCUUACGAUCUAUGGCAUAAACUAGUAACUGUUUUUUUUAUUAAGGAUAUGUACAAUUUGCAACGUGUUAGAACCAAAUAAUUGUAUUGAUCUUUUCAUUCGAUGCUUUUAAACAUAUGGUGUCAGUGACCGUUUGUGUAAUUGUAUGUUAUAUAUUAAAGUAAUACGAUUAUAGAUUAUAUUAGAAUUGUUUUAUAUAUGUCGUAUUAACACUUACAUUUAAAAUAUAAGUAGUUUAUAACGUGCUUCGAAAAUGCAAAUAUCGUGCUCUGAGGAAUAUUCAAGCAGUAAGUGAUUUGAUUGGAUAUUAAACCAAGAGUAGUUAUAUUGUCACUAAACUUAAUUUAAUUCAUGUCAUGUUUUAUUGCUAUUUACUUGUUGUUAUAAUGUUUGUGGUUGUUUAUGUUUGCAUAUACAGCAUAUCAAAAGACUAGUGUAUAGUUACAAGAACGACACUCUCUGUAAAGAUUCUACAAUUAUAACAAUAAUAAGUUAAAUAAUGCAUUGUUCGGUGUUGUUUUAUUGUGAGAUAAAAAGUAUAUUAAUUAACAACUAUGCCAUGCUUUGCUAAUAAAUGGUAUACAAUCUUUGAAUAAAGUAGUGUUUAA